CAUCCUUCCUUUCCUUCCCUUCGGAAAAAAAUCGUCAACAUAUCAGCCGAAACUGAAAGAACUCACCUGUCCACCAGCCCAAGAAGGGAGGAGGAAGAAAGAAGAGACUUCACCUUAAAGUCCAGAAGAAAAUUGUCCCCUAAGCUCCUGCUGAAAAUAAUAAUUCGUCUCUUGUUGUCGUCGAGUGACUUUUUGCUUUUUGGACCGGGAGUGAGACGUUUACAGUCCCAUGGAGAGUGGAUUUCUCUUAGCUGACAGCGUUUGACAGGCGCUUCCGGGUCUGUUGGUUGAAUAAACACAGAAUUAAACCUGGGGAGAUGGAGUUGGACGACAUUAACACAACUUCAGAUCAACUUGAGGAAAUUAUAGAUAAUCCUGAUGGGGCAGCCAAUGCGGGAGAUAAUGUCCAGAAAUUACUUCCAGAGAGCAAUGACUGUUACAGGAAGGAAACAGGCAAUGGCUAUAUAACAGAGAACCAGAACAAGAAGAGUCAAAAGAAUUUCUUCAGAAAACACGGAAAAUGGAUUGCUGCCAUCUUUUUCAUUCUUCUUAUAGUUCUUGUGAUCACCAUCUCUGUGGCUGUGUGCUUUGCAAACAAUGAAGAUAAUGAUGAAAAAUAUGAUCCAUCACUGUUCAAGCUUCAACAGAAAUUUAAUGGGAGCUUCAUUGUGAAUGUGGUCCAGACCAGUAACAAAACCCAGGCACUUAAAGACCUUCAGGAAAAGCUGGCCGACCUCUAUAGGUCCUCCCCUGCUCUGGGACGUUUCUUCUCAGAAGCAGAGACUUUUGGUCUUAGGAGUGAUUCUACUGUGGUACAAUACAAACUGACAUUUGUCUAUCCAGAAGAGCAGCAGGCAGAGCUGAGAAACUUUACCCUCAGCUCGGAGAUGGUGUUCAACGUGUUCAGGCAGUUUCUUUAUGACCAGAGUGACGUUGAACCAGAGACUUGGUUCGUUGACCCAAGUUCCUUAAAAAUGCAUACCAUGCAUUGAGAAAUGAGUUGCCUCAAAACCAUCUAAACCUGAUUUCCUGGCCAUGAAGCUUUAAUUUAGUUUCUUAAAGAUGGUUGACUUGUCAGCUGUUGUUCACCACAGAAACCAAGUCACAGAAUAAGUCACUAACCCUAACCCCUGGCCAUGUGAAUGCUCUCAUAUGACCAGGGUUGGACAUCUACCUGGUGGAUAAAUAACAAAUAUAUAUAUAUAUAUAUAUAUAUAUGUAUAUAUAUAUAUAUAUAUAUGUGUAUAUAUAUAUGUGUAUAUAUAUAUGUGUAUAUAUAUAUGUGUGUAUAUAUAUAUAUAUAUAUAUAUAUAUACCUUUGCUUACCUGUUCAGUUUUAAUGCUAGCCCAGACAUACUUUGCAAAUUGUAACUGGACUGCCUUAAAACAUUUGCCUAAAGUGCAACAAACACCAAAAUAAUCAGCUGUGGACAACUAAGAAUAGUUUUAUUUACCAAGUGAUGUACUUACAUGCCUAAGUAUGAAUUAGUUUUUUUUUAUGCAUCUUUGCUUUGUGUGAGAUAUUAAAUGUUUUAACUGUUUCAUUUGGUAUAACUUAAAAUUUGUUAUUCUUUCCAUUUGAGUAUUCUUUAUGCAUGAACAACAGAGGACGCAAGUGUGCCUCACCUACAUGUUUUAUUGUGUUUUUUUCCCUGUCAGUCACCAGAUCUCUCCCUGAAUGAGGUUGUGGAGAAGGUUAUUACAGUUUGUGUUUAUUCAAGAUGUUAAACAUUCACAGGUACAAUCAUAAUGGCCUCAUUUCAUCAGAUUGCACACUUUUUUGUAACUCUGUCCACAUGCCUGCUUCAAACAAGAUUGCAAAAGUAUUUGAGCUUUACUGUAAAAUCAAAACAGCUGUUUUGAUGGUUAUAAUUUACAACUGAAAUAUAAUUAGUCCUUACUUCAACUGAGUGACUCAGAAAACUUUAUUAUACUAAUUUUAGAGGGUCACGUUUUAGAUGUAGAACUAUUUAGUUAGAGAAUGUGCUGGUUAGGUAAGGCUUCUACUUUAGGUGUUGGAGUUUUUAAAAACACAGUAUAAUUUAAUACUCCUCCUUUACACUUUACCAUAGAUUUUACCUUACAACAAAAGCCCCCAUUUUCAAGAAUUUAAAACUAAUCAACUUUCCAUUUAACAGCCCUCAAGUUAAAAUCAAUCUCUUAUUAUUUUCUAAGAUGAUGCAAUGUGUGCAAUAGGUUUGGUUUGGCUUUUAAAAACAAAUAAUAAUUAUAAACAAUAAUUAUUAACAAAAUCAUUAACACAGUUUGAUUAAAUUUUAAUAAUAAAUCAUUUUUUGCUAAACAACUUUCGGUAUGUCAGGCUCUGUCCUGUGAAUACCAGCCCAAUACGGCGGAACAAUAUGAACAAUAAUAUAGAUAAAAUAAACGCCUUUCCAAAACAUAAGAAUUUAUUACCAUAAAAAUUCAACUUCAAGUGAAAAUACUUCAAUUAACAAAGUCUUAAACUAGCUUUUAAAUAGACUACAAAGGAAAAAUGAAUAUGAAGAAAACUAAUAAACUACAAAAAUGGAACAAAGUACAACAUGUUAAAUAAUUCUAAUUAUAUAAUUAUUAUUAUUAAAACAUAAUAAAAUGAUAUUUGGGUUCAGUGUGAAUAUGUUCAAUUUCAGAAUUUGGAGUGAGGUCAAAUUAGUUUAAAACGAAUUCAGAAUAACCAGUUCACAAUGCAAAUCACAUGGGUAAAUAUAACAUUAUUUUAAUCAAAUAUUUUAACAAUUGUUUGCUGAAUUAGAAAUCAAUAACCUUUUGCACAACUGAUUCCUAAUGUGUUGAUUUGGCCGCAGUGACUUAUUGAACUGAGUUAUGGAGAAAAUAGAGGCGAAAAACGUUUAUGCACUCACACUUUAGCGAACAAACGGACAGAUGUGAUGAUGUCACAUCCGGAUUAACGGUUCAGCUAACCCAAAGGAAUAGUUUAUUUUAAAUUCUAAUUACACUUGUACUUCAUUAAUAAAAAAUAUUAAAGUAUGUAUGAGCGCUGGCGGAGCAUUUCGGCCAAAGUGUCUAAACCACUCAUUGAAAUAAAGUUUUUCGUAACUCUUAAAACACAACCCAAAACCAAUUUGCAGCAUCAAGACUGGGAAGCCAGCUAGCAAAUAGUUUAGCACCACUAAGCAAAAACACAGUAAAAUAACAAUAUUUAAAUUGUUCAUCCUAAAUUAAUCUUUUCUGCCUGGACACAACCUCUUGUGAGCUGUUCUGAUGAAUAGGAGAACAUCUUAUAGGGGCAGUAAGUUCAACGGGUAUAGUGAACAAAGGGGGUAUGGCGGUUACUCUGGGCCCUUUGGUCUGCUUGUUUGGUCCGGACCAAAAGAGGACUUUUUUUUUUUUCGUUUGCUGUGGUUUGCUUUCACACUGUAGUUUUUUCAAGUAAACUAUUACUUGAAAACAAAGCUACACAGGUGACGAUCAUUGCUCCCAUUAGACAGAAAUAACGGGGGCGGAACAUAGCGCUGAUUCCUCUGCUUCAGGAUUUGACUGUGGCUGGGCAUAAGAGGAAUUUAGAGAGGCUAAAGUACAGAGACCUUUGGUUGGAAAUUCUGGAAAAACAGUUUGGCAACUCAGAAAGGGAAAACAGUGACCAUUCCAAACUGUGUAUGAUUUGGAGGAGGAACUGCAGACCCGGACUAAGGACAUUUUGGGGAGGUGGAAGGACCACUUUGAGGAUCUCCUCAAUGCGCUCACCAUGUCCUCCAUGAAGGAGGCAGAGCCUGAAGACUAGGGAGAAUGCGACUGCAUCACUGUGGCUGAGGUUACCGAGGUAGUUAAAAAGCUCCCCAGCGCCAAGGUGCCAGGUGUAGAUGAGAUUCGGACUGAGGUUCUGAUGGCUCUGGACAUUGUGGAUCUGUCAUGGUUGACACACCUAUUUAAUAUCGCAUGAAGGAGCGGGACAACACCGUUGAAGUGACAGACUAGGGUGGUGGUUCCAAUUAUUUAGAAAUUGGACCGGAGAGCAGAUCCACUGAUAGACAGACAUCAAUUUGCCUAUACAAGAAAACACAACACAAGUCAUGCUAUAUCAACAUUGAUGCAUAUUAUGCUAAAGCAUCUUGAAAAGCCAAGUGCAUAUACUCUGUUGUUUAUUGAUUGAUCUGCAUGUAAUUCAAUUCAGCCGCACAUUCUCCUUGGUAGUUUAAAACAGGUGUAUGUAAACCCAUUUUUAAUCAGGUGAUACUACUCUUUUCUUACAAACAGGUCACAACAAGUUCAAUUUAACUCUACACUUUCAGAUACAAUGGUCAGUAGUACUGGUGCCCCCGAGGGGUGCAUCAGUUCACCAUUUUUGUUUAUUUUGUCCACAGACAAUUGUGUUAGCCUAGAACCUAGAAUACAUAUUGCUGAACUCAGGAAGGAGGUGGAAACAUUCAUUUGUUCCUCUAUCUAUUAAAGUUAUCAAUAAACAAAUUAAUUCUUAAUAUUCAGUAAAUUACAUAUGGCUAAUUCUUCAGCAUUUUUUACGUUAGCAUAUUUGCAUACUGAUGGUUUGUUAUCACUACUUUUUAUUGUAUUUAUUGUACUGGAAUUGUUUCCUUGCAAUUUUGAAGGUGUUUUUUUUUAUUGCUGCGCAGCAGUGCCAUUUGGCAAAAUAAAGAACUUUGAAGUGA